AUGGGCGACCGACGAUCAGAUUCAAGCUACGAUGGCAAAAUUGAAGACGCGAAGAUCACUAUGAGAAUGAACGCCAAAACUCUUAAUCAACUCUCUUCCUCAGCGCAAGCCGCACAGCAGAGCCGGGGGAAAAGCGCAAUUCUUAAUCUUCAAAAUGCUGUUCAGAAUUAUAAAGAAAAGGAACAAAGCAGCGGCAACGAAAGCCAGCGCGAUGGACAAGACCAGAGUGGAAAGAAAUGA